CCGGCAUCACCGCUAGCGUGUACGAGUGCGCAUUGUGCCGAGUCCCCGGUAUUCAGUCUUCUCGACGCUUUCAGUCUGCCUGGUUCAUAGGUGCACUCGCUCGGACAGUGAAUAUUUGCAACUCUAAAUUGAUAAACAAAGAGGGAAAAAAAUUGUAGGCCAAUUUUUAAAAAUUUAUAAUUGAUUCAUUAAAUUCAAUGGAGAAUUAUUAAUUGUGCUGUUGAGUGAAAUUAAUCAGUUUCGAAUUUAUGGUGUGACUCAAGUGGGGGUUGAGACACGUUGGUACGUGUGGAUCAGUGGACAAGGCCGUAUGGAAUCACCCCAUGGAUAAUACUAUGUCUACUGCGGCUUUUAUGCACCGCUCGGGUUCAUCGAGUGCCUCGAGCACCGGUACAGGGUCGUCGUCCGGUGGUGGCCCAGGAACCGGAAACAAUGGGGGCAGCAGAAUGGCAGUCAUUGGUGUUACAAGGAACGUUCGUUUGAGACGCCGUGGUGCUUCCGGUUUCGGUUUCUCACUGAGGGGCGGGCGAGAGUAUGCCGCUGGUUUUUACGUCAGCGAUGUCCAGCCAGGCGGUGAAGCGCACAGAGCUGGCCUGAGGGUUGGUGAUCAAAUUAUCAGAGUUAACGGAUAUCCUGUGGAGGAUGCUGUGCACCAGGAGGUUGCAUUACUUGCAAAGAAUCAGCAGGUUCUUGUUCUCAAAAUUCGAAGCGUUGGCAUGAUCCCAGUUAAAGAUAAUCCAAAUGAUCCGGUAACAUGGCACAUGGUUCAGGGCCAGCAGCAGCAGCAAAUUCAGUACAGUGAACCUGCAGCCCCAACAAUUCCCUACAAUGAAGUACGAAUUCGUGUUAUGGUUGGGGAAAAGGGACGUUUGGGUUGUGGUGUAUGCAAAGGAAUCGUGCCAGGACUCACAGUUCAGGGGACAAGAGAGAGUGGUCCAGCUCGUGCAGCAGGUCUUAAAGCAGGUGACGUGAUAGUCUGGUGCAAUGGACAACGAUUGACAGAUUUGCCAUUCGAGCGAGCCAUCGAGGUGAUGCGCGGUGCAGCGAUCCUCGACCUCGUAGUCAACCGGCCAAUCCCAGCCAGCAAUGGUCUCUACGACUGUCCAGAGACCCUGUGGAUGCGAGGUUCGAGUGGAUAUGACUCUGAAUCCUCGAGUAUUGGCCCAGUCAGCCCACCAUCACACGGUAAUCCCCCGUCACCGCAACACCAGCCUGGUGGUACUCAACGCUACACAGAGAACAGAAAUGGCAGAGCCUGUUGUCCACUGGCCUUGUCAACAAGCAGUUGCUCGUCCUCGGAGUGGAAUCACCCGUGUGAUCAGGGUCAAGACUGGACACGAAAGCCCAACAACACGACGGUCAUACGAGUCAAUCAAAAUGUGAAUCAGAAUCCAAAUCAAAAUCAGUAUCGCUCGAAUAUUGGUGUUAAUUAUUCGACACAUCCGGCUUGUCAUGGAAAUGAUGGAAUGGGUGAUGCCGGAAAUGAACCACUUUAUGAUCCAGUGACGCCGAGAGAGUACGAGAGCCAUGACUUUGAUGCCAAUCCACUUGAUGAGAGGAAUAGGAGGCUUAUGUAUGAGAAGGAGAAUAUUGUACUUUAUGAUCCACCUGGCGAUGAUAGAAUCACGUACAGUGCGAAGGAUAAUGGAUUCUCCCCAAAUUUGAAUAUACCCAGAGCUCCUGACUUUGAACGAAAGACUGUAACAACUGUAGAGGUUCAUCAGUCAUCAGGACCACCUGCACCACCAUGUCCACCUCCGAUGUCUUACAAAUGGCAAACAGUGGACACAAAACCAAUGAUGGGAAUGAACAAACAAAUGGGCAGUACGAUGUCAAUGGGCUCAACAGGUUCAACCGAGACGGAAUCGAGUCUAGAAUCAUGUGGAAAGGAUUCAGCAUCGACGUCGUCCUCCCUCUCAACCUCGUCGUGUGAGCCUGCCUCAUCAACAGUCUCUUUUGCCUCAACGAUGACCACCUCUAACGUGCCACCCCCCAUUAAAUCCCCCGAACCCACUCCCACCCCCAUUCGUCCACCACCCCCACCUGGACGUACCUGUCCACCGUUAUCCACCACUGACCUUGGAACUGCCAUAGCCCAAGAACUGCAGCGACGAGCUCAACAGAGAGCUGCUAAAGCUGAAGCGAAUGGAGAUAGGCCCGUGUUUGAACCGAAAAAACAACCACAGAAUCCAGAGGCUUUAAAGGCGCAGGAGAACAAAGUAACGCAUGAUAAGCUAAUGGAAGAAUUCAAACGUGCCCAUCAGAAAAUGUUCAACCAAAAUCAGCAAAAGAUUCAAUCACCAGAACAAGACCAAAAAAAGGAGCAGGAAAAGCGAGUGAAUGGAUCAAGUGGUGGCUGUCCACCCCCACCACCACUCCCCCUUCCCGGAUCACCAACAAAGUCGCGUGAAGACGCAGUGGAGAUGCAGAGUAUCGAGUCCUUCAAGCUGAAAGAAACUCCGAGUCCAGUCAUCCCCAAACCACCGCCCACAUACUUCUCAGCCUCCAACAACAACUCGCCAACCUCAACCCCGCCGAACGGCUCCCCGCGACACGCAGCAGUAGCCAAACCGCCGCAGCUCAACGGUAAUAAGGAUUCUGUAAAUAAUAAGUGUCAAGUGCCAAUGGAGAAAAAGAGCUUUGUGAAAAUUCAAAAUUCCAAUGGGCCAAUCGCAGCUAAUACUGGGGGGAAAGUUGCGGUGAGAAUUGGAACAUACGAGGGAGAGACAAAGCAGCCGUCCAGACUUGAGUUUUUGCCACAGGGGAGAAGUACUACGGAUGCAGGGAAGACUGUUGAGGAAGUCACUAAUGGGCCGGUGGUUUCGAGGCUUCAGAAUGAACUCGCUGCCACACUGCAAAGAUCCAAUCUUAGAAAGAAAACUGAAGAGGAAAAUGGAGUAAUCUCGCAGCCAUCAGCCAAAACAUCAUCGAGUCCCGACGCUGAGCGUCCAGUGACCCUCCUCCAGAGCAACGUAGAGAAGCUAGCAGCAGCAUUAGCCAACAGAGUAACAAUCAAAGUCAGCCCUGAGAAUGGCUCACGAUAAGGUGGUUAUCACCAUUGCUCAAACAAUCAGCGAGACAGUCAACAUUGAUAACACUAUGUAAUUUAAGAGUUUUAUACUCAAAUUUUUAAUAUAUCUCCACGAUUAGCUAGAGAAAAAAUAAUUAUCGUGGUAAACUGGCCACUCGGACAGUUUUCGAAAAAAAUCUACAAUGUUUAGAGAUGAAAAAUCUUUUAAAAGAUGAAAGUAUAGUCAUAGAGAUUCAGAAGAUGGCUGAAUUUUUCGAGGAUACAUAUACACUAGUAUCUAGAUGUACUAUAGACAUUAUACUAUAUGAGAUAGAUUAAUCUCGUUACCCAAGAUAUAUAAUAUUGAAUGAAGAUUGUGGUGAGGAGGCAAUCUGUACUUUCCACACAAUGCAUAAUCUAAUCGCCGUUGUAAAUUUUUUACACCAAAAUUUGGUACUAUCUUUUUUGCGCUGUUGCGUGAGUAUAUGAGACCAUUUAUUGUCAUUAAUUAAUUUUUCUCAUUUCAUUUUUUAUACACAAAAUGUGAAUUUAAUGAUAAAACGUGUUUUUACAGUAUUUAUUACCAACAAUUAAUAAGAUAUACGGUAAUGAUUAAUUUAAUUGUGUACUUAAAAUAUAUGAGAAAUUUAAGGCCUUGGCACAAAACAAUUUCAUCUAGAAUCAUUGUCAUUACUAUUCAAAAAACUGCUUAAUUGUACAUCUCAAUCAUUGCCCAUCCGUAGUAUAGUUAUUCGAGAUGGAAAAUAAAGAGACAUUAGAUUUAUCAGAAUAA